CACGUUAUUCUUAAACUUAAACGCGUUAUCUCUUGGUCACGGAUUAAUUUCAGCUUGAUGACACAACGCAGCAGCAGCACGAUUCGCAUUGAUUCACAGCGCGAUAUGGUAGGGGCCGUCCAUCGCCGAGCGAUUCGAUCUCUCUCUCUUUCUACUCAUAUACAAUUAUGGUCAUUGAAGAAGAUCAUGUAAAAUUUCAACGAUCAGUCUAAUUAAACCGCGAGAAUAUCGGAUACUCGAUCGGCCUGAAAAGGAAGCAUCUCUACACUUGCUUUCAAAUCAACACAGUUUUAUUGUUUUUAAGGAGAAGAAUAAGAAGAAGAAGAAAAGAGACUCCAACAAAGUGACCAAAUAUGACUAGCUUAUUCAAGGGGUCGCCAUAUCGGCGGCGCCGGGACCUGGAGGCUGGAAGUAGCCGCUCGGCUGACUUCGACAAGGAAGACGAGGCAUCCUCCAGCCCUUUCUACAUCCACAGCACCAAGAAUGCGUCUAUUGAGCGUCUGCGCCGCUGGAGGCAAGCAGCACUUGUGCUGAACGCUUCUCGUCGAUUCCGGUACACUUUGGACUUGAAAAAAGAAGAAGAGAAUAAGCAUACUUUGAGGAAGAUUAGAGCACAUGCACAGGCCAUACGUGCGGCGUAUCUUUUCAAAGAAGCUGGGGAACGUAUUAAUGAUAUCGCAAAAUUUCCUCCAACACCUGAUGGCGAUUUUGCAAUUGGUCAAGACCAACUUUCUACACUGACGAGGGAUCAUAAACUUAAUACCUUACAACAAUAUGGGGGGGUUAAGGGGCUAUCGGAUAUGUUAAAAACAGAUAUAAACAAAGGGAUUUCUGGGGAUGAUACUGAUUUACAGAAGAGGAAAAUUGUGUUUGGAUCAAAUACUUAUCCUCGAAAGAAAGGGAAGAAUUUUUUGACAUUUGUUUGGGAAGCUUGCCAAGACCUUACUCUUAUCAUAUUGAUGAUAGCUGCGGCAGCUUCUUUGGGAUUGGGCAUAAAGACAGAGGGCAUCAAGGAAGGAUGGUACGAUGGAGGAAGCAUUGCUUUUGCAGUUCUUCUUGUCGUUGUGGUGACAGCUAUAAGCGAUUAUAAACAAUCUCUUCAGUUCCAAAAUCUAAAUGAGGAGAAGAGAAAUAUCCGUUUAGAGGUUGUUAGAGGCGGUAGAAGAGUAGAAAUUUCAAUAUAUGAUAUUGUGGUCGGUGAUGUUGUUCCUCUCAACAUCGGUGAUCAGGUCCCUGCAGAUGGUGUUGUAGUUUCUGGUCAUUCUCUUGCAAUUGAUGAAUCUAGCAUGACGGGAGAGAGCAAGAUUAUUCACAAAGAUUCCAAAGAUCCAUUUCUGAUGUCUGGAUGCAAAGUAGCAGAUGGUAGCGGAACUAUGCUGGUAACUAGUGUUGGUAUUAAUACUGAAUGGGGAUUGCUUAUGGCUAGUAUUGCUGAAGAUACGGGAGAAGAAACUCCUUUGCAGGUACGCUUAAAUGGGGUUGCAACUUUUAUUGGCAUUGUUGGUCUCACGGUUGCAUUUGCUGUUUUGAUUGUCCUUCUAGCCAGAUACUUUACUGGCCAUACGAAGAAUUCAGAUGGAAGAAUUCAGUUUAUUCGUGGCAAGACAAAAGUUGGUCAAGCCAUUGACGAGACCAUUAAAAUUAUCACUGUUGCUGUCACAAUUGUUGUAGUUGCAGUGCCAGAGGGGCUCCCUCUAGCCGUUACUUUAACCCUUGCCUACUCAAUGAGAAAAAUGAUGGCAGAUAAGGCUUUGGUGCGGAGGCUUUCUGCCUGUGAAACCAUGGGCUGUGCAACUACUAUUUGCAGUGACAAGACUGGAACCCUAACUCUGAAUCAGAUGACGGUGGUAGAAGCUUGUGUUGGUGGGAAAAAGGUUGAAUCUCCAGACAGCAGGUCGGAGUUAUCUCCCCUGCUUACAUCUUUGCUCAUUGAAGGCAUUGCACAGAAUACAACUGGCAGUGUAUUUGUCCCUGAGGGUGGAGGAGAAGCAGAGGUUUCUGGAUCUCCAACAGAGAAAGCAAUUCUAACGUGGGCAGUCAAGCUUGGGAUGCAUUUUGGCGCUGUUAGAUCAGAAUCUACUAUUAUCCACGUCUUCCCGUUCAACUCUGAGAAAAAGAGAGGCGGUGUGGCUCUGGAAUUGCCCGACAGUCAAGUCCAUAUACACUGGAAGGGGGCUGCAGAAAUUGUCUUAGCUUCAUGUACUAAGUACAUAAAUGAAAAGAACCAAAUGUUGGUGAUGGAUGACAACAAGGUGAAUUAUUUUAAGAAAGCUAUUGAAGAUAUGGCUGCUAGUAGUUUGCGUUGUGUUGCCAUUGCAUAUAGACCAUGCGAGAGGAGCGAAAUUCCAGUUGAUGAAGAGCAGCGCUCUCAGUGGAAAUUGCCCGAAGAUGAUCUUAUUUUGCUGGCUAUUGUUGGUAUUAAGGAUCCAUGUAGGCCUGGAGUCAAAGAAUCAGUGCGACUAUGUCAAAAUGCUGGUGUGAAGGUGCGUAUGGUCACUGGUGACAAUAUCCAGACUGCUAAAGCAAUUGCUUUGGAAUGUGGGAUACUUGGUUCAGAUGAAGAUGCUGUGGAGCCCAAUAUCAUUGAAGGAAGAGCGUUUCGUGCUCUAUCAGAUGAACAAAGAGAGGAGAUUUCUGAGAAGAUAUCGGUGAUGGGACGAUCUUCACCUAAUGACAAGCUUUUGCUUGUGCAAGCAUUGAAAAAGAGGGGGAAUGUUGUGGCUGUAACUGGUGAUGGCACUAAUGAUGCUCCAGCAUUAAAUCAGGCUGAUAUAGGUCUUGCUAUGGGUAUUCAAGGGACAGAAGUUGCUAAAGAAAGCUCAGAUAUUAUUAUAUUGGAUGAUAAUUUUGCCUCAGUUGUGAAGGUUGUUAGAUGGGGCCGAUCUGUAUACGCAAAUAUUCAGAAGUUCAUACAGUUUCAGCUUACAGUUAAUGUUGCUGCUCUUGUUAUAAAUGUUGUGGCUGCAGUUUCUUCUGGCAAUGUUCCACUAAAUGCAGUGCAGCUUCUCUGGGUUAAUCUUAUUAUGGAUACCCUUGGAGCACUAGCUUUGGCCACUGAACCACCAACAGAUCACCUUAUGCUUAGGCGCCCGGUUGGUCGAAGGGAACCUCUUAUAACGAAUAUCAUGUGGAGGAACUUGUUGAUACAGGCUCUCUAUCAAGUGUCUGUAUUACUCGUCCUCCAUUUCCGGGGCAGGAGUAUACUGAACUUGGAGCAUGACAACGUUGCACAUGCCAAUAAAGUGAAGAAUACAUUGAUAUUCAACGCUUUUGUCUUCUGCCAGGUGUUUAAUGAGUUUAAUGCUAGAAAGCCAGACGAGAUAAAUAUUUUUAAAGGGCUUACUAAAAACUAUCUUUUUAUUGGAAUAGUGGGGUCCACUGCUGUUCUUCAGGUCAUCAUCAUUUUCUUUCUUGGGAAAUUUACUUCUACAGUUAGACUGAAUUGGCAACAAUGGCUCAUUUCGAUUGUUAUUGCUGUUAUCAGUUGGCCUCUUGCUGUCGUUGGAAAGCUGAUACCUGUCCCCGAAACUCCAUUGCAUGAGUUCUUCACAAGAUAUCGUCGAAAGAGAAGUCCUGAGAGUUAGUCUACCAAAGGCAGAAAAGAUGUCUUGCAGUAGUAAACAUCAGUUUGUCUUUUGUAAGUUUGCUGAGUGUGUUUUUCAGACGUAGUUUUUUAGCUUCUCAACUUUAUACAACAGAAUUGCAGGGAGUUCAAUAUAACUUCAUCUACUUUAUACAACAGAAUUGCAAGGAGUUUUUAUAUAACUUCAGGUACAUCUUUAGAUGCCCAAUACUAACAAGAUGACCAAGAGAAGUGGCCUCUUUGUUAAGCCAUCUAGCCCAUCGUUUUUUUUUGGUGGUGGUGUUAAGGUUUUGAUGCAUUUCUUUUGUUGAUAUGCUGUUAGAAUCAGACUAAUGAAUUCAUAUGGGAGGAAGGACUCAUCUUAUGUACAAAGUUGGAAGUUGAAACCAAUGAAUUGGUGAUACUUUA